AUGGAUAGAUUCCAAGAUGCAAUUAACAAGUGUGGUCUCUUUGAUAUGGGAUAUAUUGGCAACAAAUUCACUUGGAACAAUGGGAGACAAAGGCCAGCUUUCAUUAAAGAAAGGUUGGACAGGGCCUUUUGCAAUGAAAGAUGGUCAGAUCAAAACAAUGAUGCAAGGGUUCACGCACUCUCAACUCUUAAUUCUGACCAUAGCCCUUUAUGGAUCACCUAUGACCAACUACCAAGACCAGGCACCUCAGUGACAAAGCCCUUCAAGUUUGAAGCCAAGUGGCUUCUAGAUGAUGAGUGCUACCAGCAAGUGGAAACCUCAUGGAAAACUCAUAGAAUUGCUAGAGGAAAGAUGGAUUACAUGACAACAGGACUUCAGCUUUGUAAGGAACAAUUGACCCAGUGGAGUGGAAAAAGGUUUGAAAACACAAGAAGAGAGAUAAAAGGAAAAAUGGAUGCACUGGCUCAACUCCAAAACAGAAAUUCAAGGCAACUAACUGAGCAAAUUAGACACCUACAGAGAGAUAUAGAUACAAUCCUUGAAGUGAAAAAUAUCAAGUGGAAGCAAAGGGCCAAGAAAAAAUGGUUGAAGGAGGGAGACAGAAAUACAAAGUUCUUCCAUCAAGCUGCCACACAGAGAAGGAAAACAAACCUCAUUAGAAGAAAGGAAAACAAACCUCAUUAG